AUGGAUUGUUGUUAUGAAUGUGAUUGCUGUUAUGAAUGCGAUUGUUGUUAUGAAAUUGAUUGCUGUUAUGAAAUAGAUUGUUGUGAUCCUUGUGAUGAUAUUCAAAUAACAUAUGUGAAAACGGUGCCAAUAUGUGAAGAAAUCAUAUGUGUCGAUGCAAAACCUCGCAAGUGUUGUCCAGAACCAGUUGAAUGCUGUGUUGAAUACAUAACAUGUGAAAUUGAUCCAUGCGACAUAUGUUGGUAA